AUGGCCUUCCCCGAGCCCCGCAACACGGGCAUGCUGUACCGCCCUCUGGGCAAGUCCGGUCUCUACGUGUCCGCCAUCUCGCUCGGCGGGUGGAUGACCUACGGCGGCUACGCAGCGGACGAGACCGCCUUUGACUGCAUGAAGAAGGCGUACGACCUGGGCAUCAACUUCUUCGACAAUGCCGAGAACUACGCGGCCGGCCAGAGCGAGAUUGUCAUGGGCAAGGCCAUCAAGCACUUUGGCUGGAAGCGCAGCGAUCUGGUCAUCAGCACGAAGGUCAACUGGGGCGCCGUGAAUGGUGAGAUCCUCAUCAACAACCACGGCCUCUCACGCAAACACAUCAUCGAGGGCCUCACAUCAUCCCUCGAGCGCCUGCAGCUCCCCUACGUCGACAUUGUCUAUGCGCACCGCCCAGACCGCCUCGUGCCCAUGGAGGAGACGGUACGCGCAUUCAACUACGUCAUCAACGCCGGCAUGGCCUUCUACUGGGGCACGAGUGAGUGGUCGGCCGACGAGAUCCAGGAGGCGGUCGGCAUCGCGAAGCAGCUGGGCCUCAUCGCCCCAAUCGUGGAGCAGCCGCAGUACAACAUGCUGGUGCGGGACAAGGUGGAGGGCCAAUUCCAGCGGUUGUACAGCCGCAUGGGGCUGGGGCUGACCACCUUUAGCCCCAUCAAGAUGGGUGUGCUGUCGGGCAAGUACAACGACGUGGUGGAUGGCCAGCCGCCCAAGGAUUCGCGCUUCGGUGCCUCGUCGGAGCGCUUCGCGGCCAUGAUGCGGGAGCGCAUGGGGAGCGCGACGGACGACUCGUGGAAGAGGGAGAUUGAGAUUGUCAAGAAGCUCAAGCCUAUCGCCGACAAGCUGGGCGUCACGCAGAGCCAGCUGGCCCUAGCGUGGUGUCUCAAGAACCCCAACGUCAGCAGCGUCAUUACCGGCGCGAGCAGGCCGGAGCAGCUCGAGGAGAAUGUCAAGGCGCUCGCAGUGCUGAACAAACUGACGCCCGAGGUGAUGGAUGAGAUUGAUGAGAUUACGGGGAAUAAGGUCACCCUGGACCCUGCGCGACAGGACUGA